CAUGACCCUAUUAUUUUGUCCCCGUGAUCAAGUUGAGAAAAUUCAAAAAUAAUUACGCGCAAUGGCCAAAGUGGAAAUUGACAUUGAUAUGCAUGACAAUUCUCUCGAAAACAGUGGAGACGGUGAACUUAUGGGCAUGGUAGACGAAGGAUCUUUCGGGAGUGCUGAGGAUCGGUCUCAAUUAGUGGCUCAGUCAUUAUUCGAGUCCAACGUGGACGCCUCUACAUAUAACUUCAGAGAUUUAUCUGGCGGAGUGACAUACAAGUUAGUCCAGAUGACUUCCGGUGAAGAGUCCACCAAUAACAUAACGGCCCACUCACCAACACAUGAUGGCGAGUUUUUUGUCAUAAGCAACCCAGUGGAGGUGUUUGGGACCGGCACGCCGCAGAAGAAAACUAUCCGCACGGAACGACUGCAAGCAAAAGCAGUCACUGCUAAAAAACGAGAUGAAAGGCGAGCGACACACAACGAGGUAGAGAGACGUCGGAGGGAUAAAAUCAACAAUUGGAUCACAAAACUGGCUGCUUUGGUGCCCAACUCGGGUCUGCCAGACACAGCGAGCAAGGGCGGCAUUCUGGCCAAGGCUUGUGACCACAUCACAGAGCUUACGGAGAAACAAAAGAGGUUAGAAAAGUUAGAAGUAGAAAACGAAAAGCUAGUCCUAGAAAUACUAAGGCUCAACCAAGAGCUAUCAGAGCUUCGGAAAGACAACGUCACGAUGCGGAACCAACUAGCAGACAAUUGUGUGGUGCCGCGGCCGAAGGCUCAGAAGCCUUAGCUGACGGCUUAACCUGUGCGGGUUUAGAACUGAUACCUCUCCGCGAUGUGAAGCGAAAAGUUGCGAUCACCAAAUACGCGCUUUUGCCCUGUAGUCAUUUGUUUGUACACUGUGCCAGCGAUAAAUAAGUAGAUUCACUGUUUGCAGGCACUUGGAUUUUCUACAAAUGUGUUCGAAGAACAGAGUCGAAAAGUGUUCCUUUUACCUUACCUUACUUACCCUAUUUACACUUCCUUGCUACUCACUUGUUCAUUUUACUUAGGGUCGGUUUCACCAUACCGUCCGUUACAAUUUUUUUUGUAUGGGAUUUUCGAAUCUUUUUGUUUCUGCUGCAUACUAUAACCGUUUUAUACAGGUACAUUGGAAGUAGCUAUCACUUUUAUACUACCAGUUUCAUCACAAGUUGUGUUAAAUCGCCUUGACUAACUAAUAAGUUCAGUUGUUGACAGUACAAUUUGUUGACAUUUGUAAUUAAAA